AUGGCUGGAAUCAAAACGAUCAUAUCGUUGUCCUUUGUGCUCGCAAUCGGCUUCCUACUCGUCAUCCUCUCCUCGGCGCUCUUCGCAAACUACCUCCCACUACUCGUAGUGGCAACAUAUGUCUUCGCGCCGAUCCCCAACUGGCUAUGUGGCAAGGCGCAGAAUAGCGAUGAUUUCAUGGACAGCGGCAGCAACAGCAUCGUAGAGCUGGGAAAGUUCAUCACCGGAUUUCUGGUGGUUAUGGGAAUUGCAUUGCCCGUUGUUCUCGCGCAUUGCGAUUUGAUCCAAACCCCGGCCAUGGCGAUGAGUAUCGUGGGAGGACUUUUGAUUUACGGAACCAUCAUCAGCUUCACCAUGUUUUUCCGCGAGCAGGAGGAAUUUUGA